UAGGGGUGGAGGAGGCAGGGCAGACUAGCUGCGUGUGGCGGAGACAAAACCGAGGAGGAGGGUUGCUGUUACUGCUGAGGCGUCGGUGGAGAAGGAGGGGCAAGCGGCGGAGGAGGAGGAGGAGGCGGGGGGGAGCGAAGUAGGCGCCGCCUGUGUCCGCUGUGGCGCUCGCUCUCCGGCGGGUGGGAUAAAUGCGGAUUCGGGGGUGGGCGGUCGUUUAGUAGCUCAGACAGGCGGUGUGAGGAAGCCCAGUUGGUGCCGCCGCCGCCGCCACAGCGCUUGUUGCUCCGAAGAGGCGCGUCCCACGCGAGCAAAGGAACCAUGAAUUGGUAUUUUGCUCUCCUCUUUGCUGCCUUGACUUCAACAUGCAUAUGUUUCCAGCUGAAUCCUCUGUCUCUUGAGGAACUGGGCUCAGACAUUGGAAUUCAAGUUUUCAAUCAGCUGGCCAAAACCAGACCCAAGGAUAAUAUUGUGGUUUCGCCUCAUGGAAUUGCAUCAGUACUAGGAAUGCUGCAGCUAGGCGCUGAUGGCAAGACAAAGAAGCAGCUGACAACAGUGAUGAGAUACAAUGUCAAUGGAGUUGGUAAAGUACUAAAGAAGAUAAACAAGGCCAUAGUCUCAAAGAAGAAUAAAGAUGUUGUGACAGUAGCAAAUGCAGUCUUUGCAAAAAGUGGCCUGAAAAUGGAAGUGCCCUUUGUUUCAAGGAACAAUGAGGUCUUCCAGUGCAAUGUCAAGAGUGUGGACUUCAGGGACCAGGCUGCUGCCUCUGAUACAAUCAACCAGUGGGUAAAAAAUGAAACGAAGGGUAUGAUCGAUAGUGUCGUGUCUCCAAAUGCUUUCGAUAGCACUCUGACCAGGCUGGUGCUGGUAAAUGCGGUAUAUUUCAAGGGGUUAUGGAAAUCACGUUUUCAACCAGAAAAUACCAAAAAGCGUACAUUUAAUGGAGCUGAUGGAAAGACUUACCAAAUUCCUAUGCUAGCUCAGUUGUCAGUCUUCCGAUGUGGCACAACAAGUACUCCUAAUGACUUAUGGUACAAUAUCAUUGAAUUGCCAUACCAUGGUGAAAGUAUCAGUAUGUUGAUUGCUCUGCCCACAGAAAGUACAACUCCUUUGUCUGCUGUUAUUCCUCACAUUAGCACAAAAACUAUACAGAGCUGGAUGACAACCAUGGUACAAAAGAGAGUGCAGGUUAUUUUGCCCAAAUUUACAACAGAAGCGGAAACUGAUUUAAAAGAACCUCUACAAGAGCUUGGCAUUCAAGAUAUGUUUGAACAGUCAAAAGCCAACUUUGCAAAAAUAACACGAACAGAAAGUCUUCAUGUAUCGCAGAUUUUACAAAAAGCAAAGAUUGAAGUAAGUGAAGAUGGAACCAAAGCUUCUGGAGCAACAACUGCAAUAUUAAUAGCCAGGUCAUCACCUCCUUGGUUUGUAGUAGACAGACCAUUUGUAUUCUUCAUACGACACAAUCCUACAGGUGCAGUUUUGUUUAUGGGACAAAUCAACAAACCUUGAACAUGAGAAGAAAUCCUUCUGAAGCAAAUUCAAGAUUGAUGCCCUUAGUUCAGUUUUAAAUAUUUUUGUACACUAUUCUUUGGCUAUGAACUAGCUCUUGAGUAUGGUGUCAACUAGGUUUUGAAAAGGAGUCUUAAGUAGUUGGGGAUUUUGUGUUUGUAUGUGUGUGGGGGGGGACACCUUUUCAAAACAAUUUUAAAGAUUCUUAAGACUACUGAUUAGUUCCCUGUGCUAACAACUUUUGAAAUUCUGUUUGGUCUAAAUAUUUUGUAUUGUGAUUUGAGAAGUCUUUAACCAGAUUUGGAACUAAAGGGACAACUUCUAUAUUUUUGUUUGGUUUGUACAUGCGCUUCUAAUACUACUGUUGUCCACUGAGUAGUUUGAUUGGGCAUCCUUGUUUAGAAAUGAAUUUAAAGCUUUAGCCAUUUUUAUUUUAUAUUGUGCAUGUAUUGCUGAGAUUUAAACUAAUGUCCCAGUUUAACGCCUUUGCAUUGGUGUAAUGUAAACUUGUCAUUGCUAGUAUACACUUUCUAUGGAUUUAAAUUUUAUAUUUUUUGGUACAAAGGGAAAAAUAAAAAGCAUUAUGAACAGUUGAAAA